CUUACGGAUAUAGAUGUUUCUUGGAAAACAGUUUACAGAUUAUUGUCAUUCAUGUCACAUAUGCUGGAGACAAAGGGUGUUUGUGGGCACGUCUGGCUAACGCCGGUGGUGUUGUAAGGCGCAUAUUCAACACCUUUCAACCGGACGGAUACUAUUUACCUUACCGUCUUAAGUGAUCAGAAUCCAAAUCUGGUCACGGGCGGGACCAAUCAUCCCGGGCAGCAGACGACAUCUGCGGAAUACACUCACAAGGAGGGAACUAAUAGGCAGACAAAGUUGUGCCACAUAGGACAGAGUCGAACUGUACUAUCUUGAACUGUUGUCACGGAGGCGCAGUUUGGAAGAACAUUCAAGGAUGAUAAUAUUUAAAAAAUAAUAUCAUACCCGAGUUCAGUCAGCAGCUUUCUGUUCGUUACACGUUUGAGAUACAAGCACAAAUAAUAUUGGAUAUAUGUGUUUUCGUAAUUUUGAUAACUCCGCCAUGUUGGAAAGUAUAGUAGGAAAGUUGGUCAUGAAUAUGUACCUAGUGUUAUUCACGGUGCUCCCAAUCUGCUACGCAUUCAACCCAGUCAACUUCUAUGCGAUUAUGCCAAACAUGAGGACACUUGAAAAGACGGUCAAAAACUCACUGCUAAAUAACAAAUACCUCUUGGAAAAUACCAGUAAAGACCGUGUUAUUUUAAAACGAAAAUUUCACAUAGAUUUCCAUUUUAAAAUGCUACCAAAUAAUUCUCCUGGUGAAAUAUUGGAUACCUUUUGUGAAAGUAUCUUCCCAAAGCACACCAAUGCUAUUUUGUAUCUUAAAGCAAAUCGCGGAAAGAUCAUUCAGUCUUCACGCGAUGUGAUAAUGGACAUCGCCAAAAAUGUCGGAUAUCCUGUGAUAUCGUGGGAUCCCGAAUUCCCCGGAGCAUUACAGCAAGAUGAGGACUCGAUGGUACUACAACUGGCACCAACUAUUUACCACCAAUGUCAGUGUAUGUUGGCCAUGUUACAGCGCUAUAACUGGACAGACUUUGCUAUCGUCACUACUACAACAGUACAACAUCUCGAGUUCGUCAACUCAGUCAACACACUUGUAAAACUUCAUAACUCCAGACCGGGCAUCACAAGAGUCACAAGAAUGACAAUUCUAUCAACAAUAAUCGUGGACAUGGAUUCAAAUGACGAUGACGAGAAACAAAUUGAGCUUAUGAAGAAAGAAAUUCAACGUAAAAAUACAAAAGAAAACAGAGUGUUCUUACUUCACACCAAGCCUUUACAAGCGAAAAAUCUACUAGAUGCUGCCGAAGAAUUGGGACUUACUGGAGAAAAGUUUAUUUGGAUUCUAACGUCAUUAAGUGUGGGAAUGAUUAGAAAAGGUCGACGUACAUCGCACUCCUAUCCUAUAGGGACAAUAGGAAUAAAUUAUUACAAGGAUAUGGGGGAAAAUGAAGCAGACGCUGCAGCUACGAGUCUAAAGAUCUGGGCAAAGGCCCUCAUAAAUAUAGCUGGGCACCUUGACAAAUACAACAUGUCUCCUAGACUGUCGUGUAAUAGCACACAGAACGACACCUGGCGGGACGGACGGGCAUUAUAUACACGGAUGAAGGCUGUGCACAAUCUGGACAAUACUACAGUGGUGAGGUUCAGCAGAAACGGUGUAAACGAGCUGGUAAAGUUAAAGCUCCUGAAUGUCCAAUACCUGAAUAGCGGACGGACGUGGAAUGAGGUCGGGGAGUGGAUUCCAUUCACGAAGAACCGUCGGUCUGAAAUGAUCAUCCAAAUGAAAGAAGUGGUUUGGCCUGGCGGGAAAACGAAACCUCCAAAAGGCAAACCGGAAAAACGUCAUUUCAAAAUUGUGACGUUGAAGGAGGAUCCGUAUGUAAUGUACCGUGAUCCUGAUAAAGUGACGGGAAAGUGUGGCCACCAUUCCGUGCCAUGUCGUCUUGUGUACAACCCAGCUGAGCACGAAAAUGACAGCACUUUGGUGAAUAACACGGUGUUACGUUGCUGUACCGGACUGUGUAUAGACCUCCUGGAGAUACUCAGUGAGCGGAUGAACUUCGACUACGAGUUGUAUGAAGUUCCAGACCAAACCUGGGGACUCCCUGACCAGAGAACAGGCCAGUGGAAUGGACUGAUAAAACAGGUGAUGACACAUAGAGCGGACAUGAUAAUGACGUCAUUAAAAAUAACACCAAAGAGGAACGAGUUUAUUGAUUUUUCGGUGCCCUUUUUGGAGACUGGAAUCUCUAUAGUGGUGUCGAUACGGAAAGGUGCUAUCUCUCCUACAGCUUUCCUAGAGCCGUAUGACUAUCCGUCGUGGUGUUUGAUCCUAGUGUUUAGCGUACAUGCUACGGGAGCAUCUAUAUUUAUAUACGAGUGGCUGAGCCCACGGGGACUUGACCAAGGACGAACAUCAUUGCGAGAGCAUAGGUUCUCGCUCUUCCGGUCGCUAUGGUUGAUUUGGGCUAUGCUGUUUGGAGCCUCAGUUUCCACAGAUACACCCAGAGGAGUGUCCAGCAGAUUUCUAGCAAACGUUUGGGCGUUGUUCGCUCUGGUUUUCCUCGCAAGUUACACAGCUAAUUUGGCAGCGUUUAUGAUCACCAAGGAUGAGUACUACAACCUUUCCGGGAUAAAAGAUCUUCGUCUCAAACAUCCCUAUUCCCAUUCCCCGCCUUUCCGGUUUGCAACGGUGCCUAACGGAAGUACCGAGGAGAACCUGCGACAGAAUCACGGGGAAAUGUUUGCCUAUAUGAGACAGUUCAACCAAUCUACAGUUGAUGGAGCGCUCAAGUCUCUAAAAGAUGGGAAAAUCCACGCCUUUAUCUAUGAUGCCACACCUCUUGAGUACCACGUGGGUAACGAUAACGACUGCGAGCUGACAACUGUAGGGGACUGGUACGCAAUGACUGGGUACGGAGUAGGGUUCCCUCGGGGAUCUACAUGGGUAGAGGAGGUGGACCAGAUUAUACUAAAACUACAAAAAUCAGGUGAAAUGGAACGUUUACGGAAAUUUUGGCUAGCAGGUGCGUGUCAUCGACGGAAGCAGAAAAGAGGACAGUCCAGUCAUAACAUCGGUAUCCUUAACUUCACCAGCGCUUUCAUAUUUCUGGCUGGGGGAAUGCUGGUCGGUGUUAUCUUACUAAUAGCAGAGCAUCUUUAUUUCAAAUUUGGAAGGAGCUGUUUGCGGAAAUACGACAAAAACGGAUGUUGUGCUUUAGUCAGUUUGAGUAUGGGUCAGUCGUUAACAUUUGAACAGUCCGUCAUAGAGGCCAUAGACAUGCAUAAACGUCACAGGUGUAAAGAUCCUCUCUGUGAAACUCAGUUAUGGAAAGUUCGUCACGAAUUAGACCUUUCAAAAUUUACAAUAGAAAAACUAAAAGACCAAUUACAGAGUUUUGGUAUAAAACCUUUAGAAGGAAAUCUUUUCCGUCAUAAGAAAAAACAAGCACUGGAACAAAAUCCUAAUCCUAAACCUAACGGAUAUCCUAGAUGUAAUAGGUCGGAAGGCAACGAGGAAGAGCAUCGAGUGUGUACCGAAUCUCAGAGCAAGGAACGCUUGCUUCAGGACAGUGAAUGUACUAGCACAAGUCCGUACUUGGACGAUCCGUCCUUGACUCGAUGGUCAAAAAGAUCAUUAAGGCGGUCGCCUAGUUACACGAACGCUAUUGCGAUUGAACCUCCAGAAAAGGGGGACAGCAGUGGAGUUAUACAAAGACAUAUAAAUAAAGUCCGAUGUCACGACGGCAAAUACUACGUUGGUGUAAGCAAUGACAAUCCAGCGGAAGGCUAUGACAUGACACACUAUGUGGAAUAGGUUUACAAUAUAGAAUUCCUACUUCUGCGUCAUGGCGUCAUUUUAAAUGUUGGCAUUAGAGCGUGGUGGCGUUUUAAUACUUACUCCUGGAGAUAUAUUGUAUGCCCAUUAUCACUGAUUUUACUUCUAUAUAAGUGUCAUAAAUUACAGGCCGUUAAAACUGGUCAUGAGCGGGUAAUAUAGGACAAUUGAAUAUUACUGUCAAAUGAUCAUUAAAAAUCAUACUCUCACUAAAUUGUUAAUACAGGUACCCCAACCCCGCUCCCCGCAAACUCCUAGGUAUAUGUCUGUCUUCAGAACCGUAGUGAAUAGCUCAAUAUAAAGAAAUAUAAAAGACUUCUACUCAAAAACCAAAUUAAGUAUUUUAUAGAUGAAGGUGUCUUAAGGUGCUUCACCAAAAUUGUUAAUUUCAUAACCCUGGUAUGCAAUUAUUGGUCCCCAGGGGUGGUGGGCAGGAUCAAAAAGGGUCAAAUUUACAGAAAUAUUUCAAAACUCAGGUGACCGUUAAAGCCCAUUGUUUCAUAAAUCUUCGGAUAUAUCCGAAGUGAAUAUAAAUAAUGUUUCUAAUUCAGCAUACUAUAACUGAUCAUCUACAAUCCUUGGAUUAAUAUAAAUACAUAAUGUAUAUCCGAGAGUAGUUUUCAACAUGUAUCCAUUCUACUCCACAAAACCCUAAUGUGCAGGUCAGUUCUUAUGUAUAUAUAUAUCCCUACAAACUCAAGGUAACCAUAUAAAGGCUUCAAAAGAAAUCAUUAUCGUAAUGAAUUGUCCCUAGAGAUCUUAGUAUAGAUCUCAUUACAACGUGACAUUUUUGUCUUCACUUAAUCAAGACAAAUAUUUGUUAUUGUGCAGGAUUACAAAUGUAUAUGUAUUUUACAUUUAGUGGUAUUGUUUAAAUAUGUGAUGUAUCUGUUAAAUUUGGAUGAUGGUUUUGUAACUUAAACAUUUCUUUCUUACGAAUACAAUCAGUUCAUAACACGGUUUGUAAGACCGAAACAGAUUCAUAAGUUUGUUCAUAUUCAACAGGAAGUGGCAGUUAUCUGUCAAAAUCGGCAUUUUCAUUUAAUUUACAUCAUAUAUAUAUUGUCAUUAGGUUCAGCAUUAUUCACUUUUUUCACAUCUUAGUCAGCAUGUUUUGUUUUGGUUUAUAUUAUGGUUAAACAGGUCAGGUAUGUACAAUUUGGUUCUGUUAACAUAUUAAACACCUUACACCAGAAUCGGUAUCAAAUCAGCAUUUUCAAUUUUAAUAAGAGAUCCAAAUGAAUUCGUCUACAACGAACACGGGUGUUUAGGUCAGCUAAAGCUCCAAAGUUGUCCUUUAUUAGACACUAGGGUUACUACACUAAUGAAUAUCAUAGGGAAAGUUUGUGUACAUAAUCUACUCAAAGUAAGGAACAGAUGCACCAUUAUGUAACAUAAAGUGUAUGCCGUAUUAAAUGAUUCUUCAAUGAAUGUCACUGAAUAUGUCUGCCGUUUAAGUUAGAAAACAUUUAUGCCACUGGUAUGUAACUCAUGUGUCAUAUACCUAUUCUGUCACCACUCUAUAACAAACGUACGAGUUAUUUUACAUUAUAACAUUCCCUAUAAUCAUCCUCGUAUGUAACAUAACCAUGAACCAUUACCUUACGUGAGAAUUGUAAACGCGGUUUUUGUAGGUCGUGAUAGCAUUCUGGAUCAUUUUAACAUCAAUUUGAACUCAAUUUUGCUUUUAUCAAUUGAAAAUAACAAAUGAUAAAAGUAUUUUUAUACAAAUUUCACUUAUGUCAGAUUAUUGAAUAUACGUCGUGAUUCAAACGUCAUGGUAUUUAAUCAAUAUGGUAGGGACUUACCUCGGCGUUAAGCAAUCAAUGGUCAUACAUAGUAGUGUAGAGGUUGCAUUUUCGAAAGGUUAUAUUUAUUUCGAGGAUAGAAUGUUUACAUAUUGUUGCACAAGCAUUUUGACCAUCAUUUUAUUAGCAUUAUUUUUUUCAGUAAAAUGAAAAUUGUAGCCAUCCACAAAAAAAAAAAACCCAUUUGUAGUAUAUCGAAUAACGUUAACUGAAAUUUCCCUUAUAAACAAUUAUUCAUUAACUUGGUUAUAUAGUCCUGCAUAACAUUUCUUUUUAGAUGUGACCCUCAUGAACCUCCAUGUAGUCCUGCAGUAAACACAUUGUAUAUUGAUUCCGUUCUGAUCCGUCCUCUACACACGGUCAUUCGGCAAUAAUUCUGUCUCCUCGUCACUGGUAUCCGACUGGCAGGUUCACUGCUAACCCUAUUUAUAUGACGUACAGUACAUGUAGGUGCCACAUUUAUUAUAACACAAGUACAAUGUAUACGUAUAAAGCCACGCUAUAGUACGUGCAAUGUUAUAUUAGAUAUUACACCAAAGCGUGUGUGGCAUGCUGACAAGUACAAUGUGAAUUGUGUAUUAUCAUAUGGAAAAGAUUAUAUAUUUGUCGUAUUAUCAAGCAAAUAAUGGCACUUACAAAUUAAUUUCCCAUGUAAUACCCACAAAAUUAUAUAGAUUUCUGCAUUACACCCGGACAGUGAUAACUCUUAGAUCUAGAUCUCCACCUGUAUACUAACACAAAAAUUAACAUUGAUUAAAAACGUUUAAUUGGUAUUCGCAUUCAAUGUUAAAUCAGCUAAUAUUUAGUAUACAUUGUACGAAAUAUUUAGUCGUUGGUGUAUAUAUUGGUAACAACCAAAUUUCUGUAAUUGUUGGGUUUUUUUAUCAUUAUUAUUUUCUAUGUUAUACGAAGUCACACUCCAUAGCCUGUUACCGAUAAUUGUAUGGUCAUUGCAAAUGUUGUUUGCAAACGAUAUCAUAAUGUAUAUUUAAAGUACACCUCAGCUUUAAUAUGACUUAAAAGCUGACACCGUUAAUGAAAACAUCCAAUUUAACAUUGAACACUAUUGUUUUUCCACUUGAUGCUUCACGUUAAAGGCUUUAAACAAAUUGCCACUUCCUAUUGGUCAUUCUUACAAUUUUGUGAAUUUCGAUCGGGUGACAGCAUAGUAAAUAGGUUUACCUGAUUAUAAUGUUAAAUUCUCACUCAAUAUCGUCCCUGUAGGAUAAUACUAGCUUUAAAAAUUUUCAAAAAAAAAUAUACGGAAGUCAAAAAUUUCCAACGUAUUUUGGGCAAGUGAUUUCAUUGCUGAUUUUCUUGUUGUAUUAGAAUAACCAUGAAAUUACUCCAGACAUCUGUAGGUUUGUCAAACACACCCGUAAUAAUGGUGUUAUCCAAUUAAUUUUUCCAAAAUGGUACGAAAUAUCACUAACUCAAUAGAAUAACACAAAGAGAGCAUGGGUACUGGAAGCUAAACAACAACUUACUACCAAAAUAAAAAAUAUGAAAAAUGUAUCCAAAAUUAAUAAAUAAAUGUAUAAACACAGCAGGAAAAAAACCCUAAUG